AUGCUACAACACACCUGCGAAAUCAAGAAAAUUGUGGGUGGCGCGUAAUAGAGAAUAAAACUGGAUCUAAGUCACAAAAUAUUCCAAGAAAACCAUAGCUAAGUCUGAAUGCACAUCAUAGUUCUUUAGCAGAUAAGAUGAGGCAUGCUCUGGCCAAAGAGAUAUAUUUACACUAUUGAAUGGUGGCAUUGAAGUUUACGUAAAAUUUUCCUCUACGAAUUUCAUAGAUAUUAUGGCAAGAAUCACGUAACAACUAUCAAGGGAAGAAAAUAAAAAACGAGGCUAGCAUGGACUGACCUGGUGAUCAGGCUCUGCAGGAUAGAAUGUUCCCAGCUGCUCGAUGCGGGUAGUCACAAGGCUACUUUUCGACAAAGUCUGCUCUCUUUCUUUGCUUUCAGAAGCUAAUCCAGCCUCCAAACUUCCAUUUGUGAAGAUUAUAGACCUGAUUUUCACACGUGCUAGUGUCAUCGACAAAAUAUUCCCAACGAAAAGCUGCAGAAAUAUUUCUCAGCAAUCCAUUACCUGUACUGGUCACCCACAUCUGGCCCUUGGCCGAAAACCUGUCUGGAGUCAUGACUCGACCAGAAUACAUCCAAAAGCUGCUUGAAUUGAAUCACCUUUGGAUCAUAUUCAAUCUGAGGUCCAGCCCAUAAAGUCAACUUAUGAGAUGAGCAAGAUCAUAUGCUAAAGAAUGAAGGUUAGGAAAAAAAUAAAAUCAUCAGCCGAAGGACUUCCGUACAAAAAUUCGGGAAUUAAAACUCAAUAAUUAGCUCUAAAAUGGGCAGUCACCUCCUGAAUGUAGUUCCUCGGAGGUUUAAAGGUUACAAGAGAUCAGAUGAAGCGUAAUAAUUGGCGUAAUACUGAAUGAUGACGGUUAACAUAAAAAAGUAAACGAGAUAUUAACCAGUCAAAGUAAAACAACGCCAACGCCAACAAGAAGAGAUUCCCUGACGUAUUACCGAAGGAGAUGGGAAAUAAUGCCGAGGGGAAAAACCCCAAACGAAUCAAAUUAAUAUAUGUGCUUGCUAUACCACGAGGGAAAAGUGUCAAAUAAAUUUUUGUAUGAAUGUAAAAUAGGGGAGAUCAACAGGAAUACAAUAAUUUUAAAAAAUUCGCAACAGAGAUCAGCUAAGAGAAGCAUGGAAUUCAUUUUUCCCCCUCCUGGCCAAAAAGGAAUCAGCGAGAGAGAGAGAGAGAGAGAGAGAGAGGGAGGGAGGGAGGGAGGGAGAGAAAGAGACCUUGACGCAUUCUGCGUGGCCUCCGAGAUUCCGGUAUUGCGGAUUGGUCUUAUUACCGCCAGCAUAUCCCACCGUCGUCCGCACGACACCGGGCAGGCAUCCAAAGACGGCUUCCGAUCUCCAGAAGCUGCCGAGGGCGAAGACUGCCACCUCGAGGUGCUGCUGUCUGUGAUCCGCGGUCGCCACUGGAGGGUUCCGGUCGGGCAGUCGGAUACCCAGUGCUUCCUUCACGAAGAGAACGCCGACGGCAAGAAGCCCCACCAAGAGAACUCGCGAAAGCUCCAUUCCCCUGCUAA